AUCUUGACACGAUGACGCCAUGAGUGUGACACUGAGUGCUGGACUGAAGCGUGGCAAGAAGUUCUGCAAUGAAUCUUUCGCCUGGUUCCAGAACUUGAUCCGCUGCGAGGACGGCAGCGAAAUGCCGGCCACGGAGCUCUCCAACACGCUGAUCGGCCUCUAUUUCUCAGCGUCCUGGUGCCCACCGUGCCAGUACUUCGUCCAUAUCCUGGCGCAAGGCUAUCGAGCCAUCCGUGAGGUUCACGGUCCACAGGCCUUUGAGGUCAUUCUGGUCCCCUUGGAUGUGGACGAAAAGUUAUGGGAGCUGCAUAUGUCCAAGAUGCCCUGGCUCUCCAUCCCCUUGAAGAACCGAGAAGUCAUCGUGAAGCUCUUCACGGCGCACUGCAUCACCGAGGCUCCGCGGUUGAUGAUUUUGGACUCCCAGGGCACCACCGUGGUGGAGAACGCGUGGGGAGGUGAUCAUGGUUUUGGCUUCGGCCUGGAUCCAUUGCACGCCUAUGAGAAACUGAUUGAAGAGUUGCAGAAGAUGCAGCGCGGGCGCGAAGAAAAUGAUCCAAUCGAGGAAGAACCCUCCGACGUCGAAGAUUGAUGCGAGGGCGGCAGACCGGAGGUUUCGUGAAGAUGGUGAUCCAGUGGUGGAUUUGGUUGCUGAU